AUGUUGCAGCAGCAUCUGCUGGUAUCAAAACAGCCUGCUGUCCCUGCUUCGUUUCCGGUCGCAACCACCACCGCCUCGAACACGGGAACGAUGACGAUUACUCCACCUGUAAUGGCUGGUGCUGCGCAUGGACUCGAAGGAAACGUUUGCACUGGCUGUAUGGGAUCCUGCUGCUGCGCUUGUUGCGAAUUGAUGCAAACCAGCAAGGAACUCGAUUAUAUUCUCCUUGAGAAGAAUGCCGGUGCGAAUGGAUAUCAGCCUCAGCCAGGCAUGGUUGCUGGUCCUCAAGCCGGUGCUUACCAAUGA